GUGUUGCUCUGCAAUUUCGCAGCUAAAGUGUGACUGCAGCAAGUUGAAUGCAAAGUUAAAAGCAUUUUAAAAGUGUUAUUGUUGCAUUGUGCCCAUUUGUGGCAUAUCUAGUUUGUGUGAAUAUUUAAUAACAAAAUAAGAAGAGCAGAUGAGUUCGUCCAAGAGGAAACCAAAUCCCAUUUGGGAGUACUUCGAAAACCUAAAAGAAGUAGGAAAAGCAGUGUGUAAUAUCUGCAAACAAGAGUUGAAAAAUAACCGAACAUUUAACUUAAAAAAUCACUUGAUGAAAAAACAUAAAAUAAAUUUGAUGAAUGCCAAUGCGAAGACGUCUAAUAACAAUUCUGAAAGAAAGCAAAAAAUUAAAAAACAAACGAUUAAAAAAAGGUUGAUUAGAUCGAAUGGCAAAUCAGCAAAUGAAAACACUGUGCCAAUAAAAAAGAACCAGAUUGAUAUAUGGGAGUAUUAUGACAACCAAAGCGAAGUGGGGAAGGCCGUUUGCAAAAUCUGCAAACUAGUGUUGAAAAAUGAAAGGAUUUUUAAUUUAAGAAUUCAUUUGCUAAAAAAACACAAAGUUAACUUAUGGCGGUAUGAAUGUGUACCGAGCUCGAAUGACUCGGCAUCAACGUCAGCAUAUUAUGUAGGAAAAGGAAAUAUUAAAAUGCCAAUGAAUAAGAGAACACUAUUUAAAUCGUAUAUUGGGCUAGUCAUAGAAGACAGUGUGCCAUUAGAUGUUCUAGAUUCUCCUAAUUUUCGAAAUAUAAUCGAUCCUAUUUGUGAUGGUCUAGGGAAGAAGCUUGGCAAGAACAUCACCCUGGAUGCCAAAAAUUGUCAAAUCGCUUUAAAUAAAGUAGCUGAAAGUAUAAGAAACAAUACGAAAACGGAAAUGGACAAAAGGCUUUUAUCUUUAAAAAUUGACAGUUUAUCAGGCCUCUCUUGGAAUAUUUUCGGAAUAAGUGCACAAUUUAUUAAAGAAGAUGAAAUCAAAUCCCUUACGCUGGGCAUAGUAGAGCUCAGUCCCUCAAAUAAUCUCACAGGAGAAAUAUUGAAAAUAUUAAACAAAUAUGAUAUAGAGUUAAAGCAGGUGAUUUCAAUCACUUCCGAUAACGAGGCAAACAUGGUUGAAAUAAAUUACAAAAUCAAGGAAGAACCCGAACCAGCCCCGGAAUAUCUUGACGAUACCUAUUUAGAUAGUAUCGAAAAUCUGCAGAAUUCAUCAAAUUUUUGCGUUGCAAACAUUCAAAUUUCUCAGUGCGCAGCGCUCUCCGCCCAUUUGUGUGCUCUGGAUAUUACAACAGAUGCUGAAAUAAAAGCCUUUUUACAAAGUUGCAGAAAUUUGACGAAGUUCAUUCUCCAUCCAUCAAAUGGUUUCACAGACGUUUUUGAAUUGACCAACUUUCAACUUCCUCAAAUCGAUUAUCCCACCCAUUGGGGUUCAACUUACGAGAUGAUUGAGGCAAUGAUAUCUGCUAAGGAGAUCUUGGCAUCUGUUGACUCUGUCGAAGACAAAACUGUGGAAGAAAAUUUUCACAACGACGAUUCUCUUUGGGACUUUAUGGAGUGUUAUCAUGCCGUUUUCACCCCUUUACAAGACGUUAUAAAAAAAUUUAAAGCAGAACAUUUACAUUAUGGAGACUUUUACGCUCAAUGGCUCAAAUGUAAGAUACUCACUGAUAAAAUAAUGCAGAUCAACGCCUCCAAUGAUAUGGUAAAUAAAAUUGGAAAGAAAAUCUUGGAAAGCAUUGAAAAACGAACUUCUAAAUUACUUGAGAAUGAAAGCCUUAAUGCGUGCUUGUAUUUGGAUCCUAGAUUUCAUCAUACAUUAAAUUUAACUAAAAGGCAACAAGCUGUUGUUUAUUUAAAUCACCUUUGGGAAAAAUUAUGUUCCGUGGCUGAUCCUUCGGAAUUGGUUUCAAGGAACACUCCAGAGAAAACUGAACGUAACUUCGAAGAUGAAGCGGAAGAGAUGUUGAAUUCGUUUUUGGCUGAAAAACUUCAAACAGCAUCAUGUGAGAUAGCUUAUCCUGAUGUAUACACCAAAAUAGAAAGCCUACAUCUUCCAUUUCUGCGCAGCGACACUGAUGUAUUGCAAUAUUGGCGCGAGAAAAGGCAUACCGAUCCUGAACUGUGUGCAUUGAGCAACAUUUGUUUUGGCAUUCCUGCAACGCAAGUGGCUAUAGAAGACACUGCCUCAUCUUUGAAACACGUUUUAACAAGCAAGAGGAUCAAAAAUAUUUACGAGACUUUAGAAGACAUACUUUUAGUUAAGCUGAAUUCGUCAUUCUUAAACACAGCAAUUGAUAAUUUGUCGCUAUUUGAAGAUGAUGCUUAAGAGUAUAUACAUACAUACUU